AUGAGCCAAACCGAACUGGCGGCGGACAGGCUCCGACAAUGCUUGGAUGGUCUCAUACCUUCGUUGAUCGAGAGCCUGUCACAUUUGCGACGAGCGAGUCAGGCACUGGCUCUUCUUCCUUUCACGCAGGUGCACGACGCUCUCAAGCCGCUCAUCGACACCCAAGCAACCAGAGAGGCUUUCGGAUUGACCGCAGAUCUUGCAACUGCUGAUAAGGCUGGCCCAGAAGUGCGCAUUCGCAACUUGUGCCUGGAGAUCAGCAACAAUCAACUUCGCAAAAUAGUUCUGGAACAUCCAUCGGGCUUGAUUGCCGACCGACAACUUGACAUCGACCAAACCACCUUGCAGAGCCGUCUGGCUUCAACGUUCGACCGCUUGGAUGCUGUUCUCGUUCUGUCUCUUCACGACUUGAUCGAUCCGACAUUGCCCCUCUCGCUGGUCGAGGAGCUCAUCGAAAGCCAACCCAUCUCGACAUGCUCACGCCUCUUUGGCUACACAGAAUCACGCGUACAGCCCCUCACUAUCGACCUUCAUCCUACCAGAGGAAAGGGACUCGUACUUCUGCGGACAUGUAACGAGUUGCUUCGGCGGCUUUCUAAGCCAUCGCAACAACACACGGUGUUUGCCGGUCGCAUUCUCAGCUUGCUCGCCAAGGUCUUCCCGCUUGGCGAAAGGAGUGGAGUCAACCUACGAGGAGAGUUCAAUGUCGAGAACAAGACCAUCAUCGAGGACAGAACAGACAAUGACUCAGGGCAGGCUGACGACGAUAUCGACAGCGACGACAAGGACCAGGUGUUCAAAGUCGAUUACGAGUUCUACGAGCUCUUCUGGAAGGUCCAGCGUUUCUUUUCCAACCCACCAACACUCAUGGGCGCCCAGGACCCGUCAAGGCCAUCGACAAGAAGCACGACACCGGCCGAGGCGGGUGAGACGGAUCGAGCGAUCUCGGAUGACGACCCUGCGCCUGAUGGAGCCAAGGGUCCAAUGGCAGAGUUGCGCAUCAGCACUGCCAAGAUCUUGAAGCUUUUCGGCGCUGUCAACAAACGUGAAAAGGAGCUUGCAGGUGCCGCAAGCGCUGAGGAAGCUAAAAACAAUCGAAGCAAGGGCGGUGCUCUAAGAGCUGGGUCAGAAAGUGCCACGCCGCUGUCCAAUAAGAGGCCCAACGACAGCCUUGCCGCGAACACCGGCUACGUCGUCGGGCUUUCAUUAGGGCGCAAGGCAGACGAACCACCAACGAAACGCUCCCGACCAGACAUCGAAGACGGCGUCGUAGGACCCAAUGCUGAUAUUGAUCAAGACAUGCUCGACCCUAUUGCGGAAGCGGCGGAGCGAGAAGCGGUGGCAGAACGCGGACAUUUCUUCCCCACAUACCUCACGGGACGCAAGCUGUUCGAGUACGAGAUCCGCGACACCUCGUUCCGCAAACACAUCUUGGUCCAGUACCUUGUGCUGUUCCAAUACCUCCUGUCCUUUACACCUGCCGCCAAAGAAAGCUGGAAGGAUUGGAAAAACAAGACGUUGCAGGCGCUCUUCACGCUCGAGGAAGCGGAUGAGCGUUGGAUCAGAUCGACAUGGAGGGAGAUCCAGGCGCUGAUCCGCGAGAUCCAACCGGACGGAAGACUUUUCCUCGAGUCGGUACUCGAAGUGCUCAAACGCGAAGCCAACUGGAUCCGAUGGAAGACAGAGUCAUGCCCCUCAAUCGAGAAGCCGCCUCUUUCUCCAGAGCAGAUGGCCCAAUUCGCGUCAGCAAGGGCCUUACUGCUGCGCAAAGCCGAGCCUUAUCCUCACAAACUCGGCACCGCAGCGCUGUCGGAACUCUGGGAGGACGGCCUCAAACCGCCUGUCCCUGGCACACGACGCGUGGAGAACGAGAUGGGCGAGUACGUGACCGUGGCAACGGAUGGACUGGAAGAGCUCGAAUUUGCACCUGCGGCUCCGAGCCUCGAGCACUACAACAAGUCGAUCCAGCGCGAAAAGAUGAAGCUCGAUAUGCGCAAGAAGCAGCUCGGCAUCGAUCCGGCUACCGCCGAGACCGAGCUGACCAAGGAGGAACGGGACAAGUUGGAAAAGGAUGAACGCGUUCAGGCAACGAUCGAGACCAUGCAGAGUCUGGCGUGGAGGGCAUUGCGUGUGGCGAGUCGGGACAACUUGCAUCUGUUUGGCAAGCCGGAUCGACCGGAGAACAUCGAGGGACUGCUCAAGGAGAUGGAGGACGAACGCAAUCCCAAGCCAAAGGCGGCAAUGCCGGUGCAGCAGGCUGUAGCUGACAGUGUUACAAAGACCGAGGAUACAGACGCCGGCAAGGCAGAGGAGGGCGCAGAAGACGGCACGAGCAAGGCAGUGAAGGCGGAAGAUUUGGAGAUGACGGAUGUCACCUCGCAGGGACCUGCCAAGCUGUCCCCCGAGCAGCCGAAAAUCAAGGACGAAGGCGAGUUAGCCACAGGUUCAUCAGACAUCCCGGUUGCCAUCCCCGCUGUGCCAACAACAACGGAGGUUUCGGAGACAGGAAUAGAAGCAAGGGCUGAGCCGAACGACAUCAAGGCCUCGGCAGAGCCCGACGCAAAGGUAGAGACAGAGACCACGACAGAAGGAGUCAAACCCGAUCCUGCUUCGGCACGGGAUACAACUACCGUCAGGGAAGAGGACGUAGACAUGUCUGAAGCUGCCUAA